AUGGAGUUGGCUUUGUUGUUGAAAUUGCAGUAUAAGAGGAAGGUUCAACAGCCAAAAGGAGCACUGUAUGUUUCAGCAUCGAGCGAAAAGAAGAUCCUGAUAAUGGGAGGCACUCGAUUCAUCGGUGUGUUCUUGUCCAGGCUCCUUGUCAAAGAAGGACAUGAGGUUACAUUGUUCACAAGGGGAAAAUCUCCUAUUGCCAAACAAUUGCCUGGUGAAUCUGACCAAGACUUUGCUGAUUUUUCUUCCAAGAUUCUUCACUUGAAAGGAGACAGAAAGGACUAUGACUUUGUGAAGUCGAGUCUUUCAGCAGAAGGCUUUGAUGUUGUUUAUGAUAUCAAUGGGAGGGAAGCUGAGGAAGUUGAGCCCAUAAUAGAUGCACUGCCUAAACUAGAGCAGUACAUCUACUGUUCUUCAGCUGGUGUUUAUCUGAAAUCUGAUAUCUUGCCACACUGCGAGGUGGAUGCAGUUGACCCGAAGAGCAGGCACAAGGGGAAGUUGGAGACCGAGAGCUUACUGCAAUCGAAAGGUGUAAACUGGACUUCCAUACGUCCUGUCUACAUCUACGGUCCGUUGAACUACAACCCCGUCGAAGAAUGGUUCUUUCACCGUCUGAAAGCUGGUCGCCCAAUCCCAGUUCCAAACUCUGGGAUCCAGAUCUCACAACUCGGUCACGUUAAGGACUUGGCAACAGCCUUUCUCGCUGUACUUGGUAACGAGAAAGCCAGCAGAGAGAUAUUCAACAUCUCAGGAGAGAAAUACGUCACCUUUGAUGGGUUAGCAAAAGCUUGCGCAAAGGCUGGUGGGUUUCCAGAGCCAGAGAUUGUUCACUACAACCCGAAAGAGUUCGACUUUGGGAAGAAGAAGGCGUUCCCUUUCCGUGACCAGCAUUUCUUUGCAUCGGUGGAGAAAGCAAAGCAUGUCCUGGGGUGGAAACCAGAGUUCGACUUGGUGGAAGGUCUCACUGACUCAUACAACCUUGAUUUUGGCCGUGGAACUUUCCGGAAAGAGGCGGAUUUCACCACUGACGACAUGAUUCUAAGCAAGAAACUUGUUCUUCAAUCCUAA